CUUUUCGAACGACGGACAAAGUCCAUUAAAAGAAGCAUUUUUUGCAAACUUUAAACAAUCAUAAAAAUGGAAUAAUUAGACAAACUUCGAAACUUUUUUCUCUGAUACAUUAGAAAUUUCACCUAAAUUUAAUAUCGCAAUUAAACAGUUUUGAUGAGAGAGACACUUUAAGUGGUUUUUUUGAAGAUAAAACAUUUAUUAGUUAGUCACAAACUGUAUUUAACAGGUAUUUAAUUUCUCCCUACAUUAUGUAACAAAACACUUUCAUUCGACAUGCGCACCUCGAAUACUUUUAAAAUGUCGUUUGCUAUUCAUUUAUUUGGUAAUGCAAUUUGUUGUCUUUUUUUAGCGUCUAAUAAUACUUUAAUGAAGUCAAUUUUAAAGAAUAGUUAAAUGAAUGACUUCAUACUAUUGCGGAAAUUUUCAAACUUUAAAUACGAUAUCAUAAACAUUAUUCAUAUUCAUUCAUUUUUUGGUGCCAGCUGUCUUAUAAUUACUUACUUUUGGAAUAUAGAUACAACAUUUCAUUCCAACAGUUUUUAGCUCCUUUUCUUUAUUGUAUUUUAAGAAAUGCUUUCUUUAAUGAAAGUAAAAUCAGGAUAUAAUGUCUUUUGUUUUGAAUAGUUUCUAUCAAGGUUUUGAUCUUUAACGAGGAAGAUGUUAUAAGAGAAUGUAUGUUGACUAUGAUUGUCUUACUAUGUAGAAAAUAUUUUCAAAAACUUGUAGAUAAAGUUUUAAAAAGUUGUAUAUAGAUUUGCUUUAUCAAUGUUCUCAAAUGUUUGUGUACAUGUUGCGGUACCUAUGUUUAUUGCACGUUUGGACGGUUUUGUAAUUAUAACAUGACGUUUCUCGCAAAAUAAGAAAUUAAACUUGAUCCGAUGAUUUAAAUUUAUAUCAAAAUUUUGUAAUAACAAAGUAAAUGAAUGUAUUUCAUCGUUUAUUGCUGUUAGACAUGAUCAUGAAGAUGUUUUCGUGAGAUUUUGAUCUAAAACUAUGAGCACGCGUGUGUCAAGUGCAUAAAAACAUGGAACAUCAGUGCUCCACCAAGAUCCCCACCCCACCCUCAUCCAACACCAAGAUCCCCACUCCACCCUCAACCAGACCAUCAUCAUUACGGAGACCAAGAUCAAGAUAUGUAAAUAGACUUCUUAAAGAGACAAGUGACACGAAUGCAACGAGGUUCUCUCAAGUAUCAACGUAUGAGAUGCCUGAAGCUGAUCAUGAGCUGACACGAUACAGUAUAUUGCCUGCCAUCAGUAGCUCCACAGAUGUAAGAGAAAACAGUAAUUUACCUAAAAAUGGUGAAGACGAAAGAACACUUUACAUAAAAUCAUCGAGGACAUGUGAUAGUGAAGAAAUACAAGGAAAGGUAACUGGAAGUGAUGAUGUUAAUAUAUAUCCUCCAAACGUGUAUCAUCAGAGAUAUUGUUUUCCUUCUGGUCAUGAUCUUCUCCCUCUUUCGGAACAUCAAAAUAAACUUCCAAAAAAAGGUGGAAAAAAUUUUGACCUAUCUCUGGCGAAUGAAAAAUCUACGAAGGAAGCAAGUACAGUGUUAUAUAAUAUGGAUUCCUCUAAUGUUAUUGACGUUAGAGUUCGAAAUGAAAAGGAGAAGAUUCAGUUCAGUUUGAGCUCUAACGACAUGCCUCAGGGUAAAUUGGACUCUCGUGAAAUACCUACUAUGGAAUGGUCGAUUGGUAAACAUGACCUAUUAAUAGCGACGAGAUUGCCUGACGGCAGUCGUUGCGAAGGCACUUUCGCAAACACAGAUACACUAAUGGAUUUACUUCACUUUUUACAAGCAAAUUCUUCUUGUCUUCAAAGUUCCCGAUGCGAGUUUGUGACUUCUGAUAUACCAUGUCGUGUUUUCUCUGAUUUACAUUUAUCUUUUCAAGACGCCAAAAUUAAGACUCGGACUUUGUUGCACAUACGCGAGUUUGACAAUAAUUUAUAGCUAUAAACUAUAAAUCACACGCUGCAGGUUUUUCGUUCAAAACUGAUUAUUUGGGCUUUCAAUUUUAGAAUUCUGUCCGUUGUUAAAAUAUCAUAAACAUUAUUUUUCUCUAAUUUUAUGCCGUACAAAUGAGGAUCAUCCUCCAUGUGAACAAUGCAGUUCUGAACUAACCAUGUACAUAGAUAAAAACAAAUUAUCGAAACAACAUAAAAUUUACUUUCGUUUUUA